AAAAUAAAUUCUUGUCACCUCCAAAAUGACAGUAUUUCAUCCUUGUGAGGUAUUUUCUCCCCAGUUAGAAAAAAAUAUUGGUUUAACCUAAACCUUCAUCUUGUAUGUUGGAUYUGAUCUCAGUCAUUUAAAGAAAUGYUCCCUUUGAUUCCUGCCUCCAUUGCAGACACAAAUCUAGUGCUUUUAUAGUAGCUGUAAUUAAACCUUUAUUUAGAAAUAUUCUCUCAAUCAAGAGGAUUUAAUAAAUUACAGACCUGUAUCUAAUUUUCAUUUCUUAUCUAAAAUCCUUGAGAAAGUACUUGUCUUGUUAGAUCUCAGUGCUUCUUUGGACAGUCUAUCAGAAUAAUUUUAAAAUGUCUAAACAUGCUGCAGGGAUCAAGAGAAAAAGCACUGAGCUUUAUGUAUGUUGUAGACUUCCUACCUCAUUAGUCCUUUAUUUUUUCCAGAUCGUAUUAUAUCAUCACACAGGCUAUCAUUCAUAAUCGUGUGAUGCAUCUAUUUAUUAUAUAUCUAAUAUUCUGACACUAAGGCAUCUUAAUGUAUAAUCUUUYUUACGGUCUCUAGAUGUUAUAUAAUCCAAAAGUCAUCUACUAACUUUAUCAUAUUUCUAUGAACGUUUCAGAGCUUCAAAAGCAGCAAUGCUUUUUCCUUCCUGAUGUUGGUCGGUAGGUGGCGCCAAAGUAAAGGCCCAGCCCGAGUAGGCUGAGGUAAAACCCCUGUCUUCUAACACGUCCGGAGGACUGCUACAAACUCUGCUGCACCAGCUGCAGACUCAUUACUACAGAGAACCACAGUAGUAUCACAAUGAGCGGACGAGGCAAAGGAGGAAAAGGUCUGGGCAAAGGAGGCGCCAAGCGYCACCGUAAAGUCCUCCGUGAUAACAUCCAGGGAAUCACCAAGCCGGCGAUYCGCCGUCUGGCUCGCCGCGGCGGAGUCAAGCGAAUCUCCGGCCUCAUCUACGAGGAGACCCGCGGGGUGUUGAAGGUGUUCCUGGAGAACGUGAUCCGUGACGCCGUUACGUACACCGAGCACGCCAAGAGGAARACYGUCACCGCMAUGGAUGUGGUGUACGCUCUGAAGAGGCAGGGCCGCACUCUGUACGGCUUCGGAGGUUAAAUUCAGCCCGUUGAUUACAGCGAACCAAAGGCCCUUUUCAGGGCCA